AACUGUACUUGCUUCAUGAUUUACUGAAAAUCUAAAAUUUUUCUAAUUAAAAAAGUAAAACAUUCUUAUCUGUAUAAUGAAAUUAUUCACAUCUUCUUUAUUAGGCAGAGUGGAAAGACCUUCUUUUGACCCUGGAAGGGAAGGGUCCUCUCCUUAUUUCUAUUGGAGCAUACUGCAUGUUCCUUUAGAUUGGAUGGAGUUACUCCCAGUUUACUUGACUACUCCCUUUCUGGUUGUAAUGGAAAUGCAGAGGAAGACAGUUGUCAGUGAGCUAUUAACAGUGCAACCAGUGGAGGCAGUGGCUUUUAAAGAUGUAGCUAUAGAAUUCCCCCAAGAAGAGUGGGCUCUCCUGGACACAUCCCAGAGAAAGCUGUUUAGAGAUGUGAUGGAAGAGAUCAUCAGUCAUCUGGUUUCAGUGGGAGUUCAGGUAUGCAAAUCAGAUGUACCUUUCCAUUUGGAGCAAGGAAAAGAAGUUGGGAGAGAAAGAAUAGGAUUACUCCAAUACCAGAGUUCAGGCAGGGAAAGUGGCCUUAAAAGUCAAGAAAUGAUAAUCUUACAAAAUAUCUGCAGGAAAGAUGCAUCUAUGAUCAUGCCAUUGAUAUCUCACAUUCCAAGGAAUCCCUUUAAAUGUAACAAUUUGCAAGAAGAAUUCAAAGACAGAGCCACAGUUUCUCAACAUCUGUUAACUCAGAAGGGAAGGAAACCCUGUUUGCAUAAACUGUGUGGAAAAGCCCUCAGUGAUCAGUCAUCUUUUACUCAAUGUAAGGAAGUACACAGUAGGAGUAAAUCAUGUGGAUAUCAUGUAAAUGGUAGAGCCUUUAUUCAAACACUUGGCCUUAGACAAUGCCAUGGAUCUGACACUGGAGAGAAACUCUACAAAUGUCAUCUAUGUGGCAAUGCUUUCACCAAUUCCUCUGCCCUUACACAACAUAAGACAUCCCAUAGUGGAGAGAAACUUUAUGAACCUCAUCUAUGUGGGAAGGCCUUCGGUAAACGUUCUCACCUUAGAGCACAUGACAUAAAUCACACUGAAAAGAAGAAACCGUUUGAAUGUCCUCGAUGUGGGAAAACCUUCACUCAUCAUUUUUACCUUAGACGACAUGAGAGAAUUCACACUGGAGAGAAACCAUAUCAAUGUCUUCUUUGUGGCAAAGCCUACACUAGUGAUUCUACCCUUAAGUCACAUGAGAGAAUUCACACUGGUGAGAAACCGUAUGAAUGCCGUGUAUGUGGGAAAGCCUUCAAUACAUCUUCUCAUCUUAGAAUCCAUGAGAGAACUCACACUGGAGAGAAACCCUAUGAAUGUCACCGAUGUGGGAAAGCCUUCACUCAGUGUUCAUCCCUUAGACAACAUGAGAGAACUCACAAUGGAGAGAAACCAUAUGAAUGCUCUUUAUGUGGGAAAGCCUUCACCAGUGGUACUGGCCUUAGAUUACAUGAGAGGACCCAUACUGGAGAGAAACCCUAUCAAUGUCAUAUAUGUGGGAAAACUUUCACUACUUGUAGUGGUCUUAAACUACAUGUCAGGACACAUACUGGAGAGAAACCCUAUGAAUGUCAUCUAUGUGGGAAGGCCUUCAGUUCUUGUUCUCAUCUUAGACUCCAUGAGAGAACACACACUGGAGAGAAACCCUAUGAAUGUCGUCUGUGUGGGAAAGCCUUCACCAAUUGUUCUGACCUUAGAAAACAUGAGAGAAUUCACAAUGAGGAGAAACUACGUGAAUGUAGUUUAUGUGGGAAAACUUUUACUCUGUCCAGCCUUAGACUACAUGAGAGGACUCACACUUGAGAGAAACCUUACAGGUAUCUUGGUAUUAAUAGGGAAACCUUAAAUUUAUUUUUGUAAACUUAGGCAACACAAGAAUUCAAAUUGCAGGGAAACCCUCUAAAAGACAUGUAUGUGGGAAAAUUGUCUGGCAAGGUUCUGACUUUAGAUGACAUGAUGGCACCCAGUAAAAGUGCUCUGUAUGUAGAAGAGGUUGCAGCUACCUCUUCCUUUAACACUAUGGAACUCACUGAACAAACACUAAUGGAUAAGCACGGAAGAGUUUUUUGUCAUGCUUUCUAUUCAGUUAAUCUAAGAGAAUUCAUACUGAAAAGAAUUCAUAAGAAUGUCAUCUCUAUUGCAAAACCUUCUGUUGAUGUUUGAUGAUACAGAAAAUGAGUGAACUAAUACAAGGUAAUAAAGAAGAGUUUUCAUCUGCUCUAUGUUAAAGAGAAACCAAAGACAUGAUGUGAAAGAAAUUCAGUGUCUGUAAUCAGUGUGAGAAUGCCUUAAUUUAUAUUAUCCUUUAGCUGAUAUGAAUGAUCACAAUGAGAGGAACACUAAGUGUGUUUCUCCAUUUAGCCAAACACAAAACUUGGUGUGGAAAACAAAAUUCAAUGAGUCAAUAACAACUAAAACAAAAAAUAAACCUUAGAAGUCUUUAUUAGAUGGAUGAAACCCAUGGGGGAGUGCCAGAUAAUUCUUGCUUUGACAUUAUUCAUGGAAAAUCAUGAGAAAUCACUUGUACGGAAACAUUUGUGGGGCAUAUGGGAAGCCACAUUGUUAUUUAAAUAAAUAAUUAUUUAUGACAUUGAGUUGUAAAUAAAGGAAAAAUUUCAGUGAGCACUCA